AUGACUUCAAGCAUACCCCGACCAGGCCCGGCUAGACUGGGACCCAAUGCCGGACUAGAUGAGUGGCUCGAGGAGGCCAAACAGUGCCACUAUCUGCCCGAGCGGGCCAUGAAGGAGCUCUGCGAAAAGGUCAAGGAAAUAUUAAUGGAAGAGUCCAACAUCCAGCCUGUCUGCACACCAGUAACCGUUUGUGGCGACAUCCACGGCCAAUUCUACGAUUUGCUGGAGCUGUUUCGCGUCGCUGGCGGCAUGCCAGGCGAAAGCAACGUUGAACCGCCGCAAACAUCGACCGCCGUAAUUACGUCUCAAGAUAUCGAGCCUCCCGAGAUUACAAAUCCGAAGCUGCUCAAGAAGCUCAAGUCCUCAAACAACGACACAACAGAUAACGAGUCGGGUGAAAACGUGAGCCCGGGGACGGAGGCCGCAGCUGGCUCUGCGGAUGUCAACAGUACUGUCCCUUCGUCACAGAGCGCGCAGACUCGAUUUAUAUUUCUCGGCGACUUUGUAGACAGAGGUUACUUCAGUCUGGAGACCUUUACGUUAUUAAUGUGCCUCAAAGCCAAAUAUCCCGAACGCAUAGUUCUCGUCCGCGGUAAUCACGAGUCACGCCAGAUUACUCAGGUAUACGGCUUUUACGAAGAAUGUCAGCAAAAAUACGGAAAUGCCUCGGUUUGGAAGGCAUGUUGCCACGUGUUUGACUUUCUCGUCCUCGCCGCCAUUGUCGAUGGAGAGGUACUUUGUGUCCACGGUGGCCUGAGUCCAGAAAUCAGAACCAUAGAUCAAAUCCGCGUCGUUGCGCGUGCGCAAGAGAUUCCUCACGAAGGCGCGUUCUGCGACUUGGUGUGGUCCGAUCCGGAAGAAGUCGAGACAUGGGCGAUUAGCCCACGAGGUGCCGGGUGGCUGUUUGGCGAUAAAGUGGCAACUGAAUUCAACCACGUCAACGGAUUAAAGUUGAUCGCACGUGCGCAUCAGCUCGUAAACGAAGGAUACAAGUACCACUUCUCAGAGAAUUCUGUAGUAACAGUCUGGUCGGCGCCAAAUUACUGCUACCGGUGCGGAAAUGUUGCUUCCAUCAUGACGGUUGACAAGGACCUCGAUCCCAGAUUUAGCAUCUUUUCGGCUGUGCCUGAUGAUUUGAGACACGUGCCCGCUGGGCGGCGGGGUCCAAGCGAUUAUUUCCUAUAA